GUAGUUUGGGUGGUGGUAGAGCGAAGUACCUCUGUCUUGUAAAACUGGCAGUGUGCGCGCGGUGGUGAAAGGUGCUUUAACGAAUUAUUGAGUUUGCCGAAGUGCGGCCAUCAUGACCGCCUACACGCGAGUAUUUAUUUUUUGUGCCAUAUUUGUGAAUGUAAAUAGCCAGAAAGAAAAAGAAGCGGUUGAAUUCGUCUGUCCCGAAGGUACUACAGGCAACGGUAAUUUUGCUGAUCCCGCCACUUGUCGCCGGUUCUACCAAUGUGUAGAUGGAUAUCCUUACUUGAACAGAUGUCCAUCUGGCUUAUACUUUGACGACAUCAGUAAAUACUGUACGUUUAAAGUGGAAGCAAGAUGUGGUCCAAUACCAACAACACCAGCUCCCAUAACAGAGACUCCAACAGACUUAGCGCUGAAGUGCGAUCCAGCGGAAUGUCAGCUUCCAUAUUGUUUUUGUUCGAAGGACGGCACUCUCAUACCGGGCGGUCUGGAUCCAGAGGACACGCCGCAAAUGAUAAUGCUCACAUUUGAUGGCGCCGUUAAUUUGAACAACUACGACUUAUACAAGAAAGUUUUUAAUGGGAAAUUACGUAAUCCAAACGACUGCCCAAUUCGGGGCACUUUCUUCUUAUCUCACGAGUACAGUAAUUACGCCAUGGUGCAGGCGCUCGCACACGAUGGUCACGAAAUAGCAACAGGCACGAUAUCCCAACAACAAGGUCUCCAAGACAAAGGCUACGAAGAGUGGGCCGGCGAGAUGAUCGGUAUGCGCGAGAUCCUACGAAAGUUCGCGAACGUUUCACGCUCUGAAAUCGUCGGGGCUCGCGCACCAUUCCUCAAGCCUGGACGUAAUACUCAAUUCAAGGUAUUAGAAGAUUUUGGCUACAUCUACGACAGCUCGGUGGGCGUGCCACCGCUGCCGAUUCCCGUGUGGCCAUACACGCUCGAUUACAAGAUCGCGCACGAGUGCAAAUCUGGCACCUGCCCUACCAAAUCGUUUCCAGGUCUGUGGGAAGUUCCUUUCAACGCUCAUUAUGUAGAGACUUAUGAAGGUGGACAUUGUCCUUACUUGGAUCAGUGCGUUCUGCACAAUCACGAUGCCAAUGAGGUUUUCGAAUGGCUUCAAGAGGAUUUCACCAGGUACUACGACCAAAACCGAGCGCCAUAUAUGAUGCCUUUCCACACCAACUGGUUCCAAAUCAAGGAGCUCGAGCGAGGCUUACAUAAAUUCCUGCAGUGGGCGUCUAACUUGGAUGACGUUUGGUUUGUGACUGUAACACAAGCCCUAACUUGGAUAACUGACCCGCGGUCGCUAAAGGCACUCAACAACUACGAGGCGUGGCGAUGUGACAAGAAGGAUCUACCACCAGCACCUUGUAACCUCUCCAAUAAGUGCGCGCUAUCUUUCAAACAUCCAGACACAAACUUUACUGAUACCCGUUAUAUGGAGACUUGCACUGAAUGCCCGAAUCAGUAUCCUUGGUUAGGUGACUCUGGUGGAACAGGCAUUCCCGGAAAAGACAACUAUAUUCCUGACAAUUUAAAGAGAAAGUAAUAGUUUGUAAUAUCGAUAAAAUUUUAAUUCGUAUUGAUGACAGGCAGAUAGUGAAACAAAUGAUUAUUUUUUUAUGUAUUAUAGUAUACAAACGACUUAAAGAUAGUCUCGGACUAAUUAAAAUUUAAUUUUAUAUUCUAAAACGCCUUCGUUAAAAAUAUAACAAAUAUAUAUUUGGCGGGUUCAUGGAAAGAUUAUCAUACAGAUGAUCAUUUAAUACAGCCGUCAAUUAUAUUCUAUGCACCGAUCCAAAUUAAUUUAGAACGUUGUCUAAAAUAAUAACGUUAUUUUAUUAACUAACAAUUAAUUUGAUAAUAACUUAACGUCAUUAUACAAAGAAAAAUAAAACAUAUUUUGGUGAUCUAUUGAAAUACGUUAAGUAAUUUACUAGUGAAUCUGAUUAAAGAGAGCGGUCUUAAUAAUAAUUAUUACAAUCGACUUGCCUGUCAUCAUACAAAUAAUCUAUUCAUAAUAUUAAUGUAUAUACAUUACGUAAUAAUUUAUAAUUUAAGGUUUCAAUGUCGAAAACGUCAAAGAUUUUUUUUUGUAAAUUUUUAUAUAAGAAAUUUCAAAUCUUACGAAAAUUAGUUUCAUAAUAUUGUUCUGAAUAGAUUGUUACAUUGUACCUAUAUAGGUACGUAUAUUUUAUUGUGCAGCAAUGACUAGACUGGAUUGUUUGGUUGUAUAAAAGCAUUUUAAAUAUGCUCGAAUCUUGUAUAUGUUAUUUAUUAAUAAAAUAAUAUUACAAGAAUUUAUUAUCAUAUUCGUUGUGUACAAAUAACACGAUGCAGAUUAGACGAGAUAGUCAUUUAUUAGAUUGUAAUAAUUGUAUUGUAAGGAUAAAGGUAUUUUGAUAAAUUUAUUAAAUUACAAUACAGGUAA